AUGGGGAGAAGAAGGCGAAUUGUGAAUGAAAUUCCUAGUGAUUCAGAGUCUGUUGAUGGGUUGUGCGAUUCUAAUGAUGAAGAUGAGGUAUUGGAUCGCAGAGUAGAUCGUGUUGCCCCUUCAAUCAACAAUCUUCUCGAAGAUGAGGCACACGAAGAAGAAAUUGACGACGAAACAACCACUACAAAUUCAAAUAAAAGUGAAAUUUGGAGAUCGACGAGUAUUCCAAAGACUGAUUUACCUUUCAGUAGGAGUCACGGACCCAUCAUCCCUGAUUCGGCGUCUUCUCCAAAGGAUAUAUUUCUUUGUUUGUUCCCUGAAUCUCUAUUAGAUGUUAUUGUAGAGCAAACAAAUUUGUUUAUUUCUCAAAAGAAGUCAAAAGGAGAUCUUAUCACCAAAGAUGAGUUGAAAAUUUUCAUAGCGAUCAAUAUCCAUAUGGGUUACAAGAAGUUACCUUCGUAUCGGGAUUAUUGGUCUAAUAGCCCUCAAUUCCAUGAUUCAUAUAUUUCUUCACUGAUGACUGUGAAUCGCUUUGGAUUUUUUUUGUCUCAUUUGCAUAUCAAUGAUAAUUCAAAAGAACCAGCAAAAGGAGAUCCAGAAUACGAUAAAUUGUAUAAACUAAGACCUCUUCUCGACACUCUUUCUGAAACAUUCAGAGAAUGCUGGAAACCAAGCCAUCACCAAGCUAUUGAUGAAUCAAUGAUCAAGUUCAAGGGGAGGAGUAGCAUGAAACAAUAUAUGCCAGCCAAGCCAACUAAACGUGGUUACAAAGUUUGGACCCGAGCAGAUGAAUCGGGAUUUGUUUGUCAAUUUCAGAUCUACACAAGUAAAACAGAUAGUCCUGAAAAACAAUUAGGAGCACGUGUGGUUCGUGAUCUAACACGUGACCUUGUUGGUCAUAAUCACCAGGUGUAUUUUGAUAAUUUUUUCACAGGAGUAGAGCUUCUAAUAUCUCUAAAACAGGAUAACAUCCUUGCAUGUGGCACAGUACGAUCUAAUCGCGCGAAUCUCCCCAAAAGUGAUAAGUCUGAUAAAAAAAUGGUUAUUGGAGAGUACGAAUACAAGACCUCGACAUCAGGACUCACAUGGAUAAAGUGGAUGGAUAAAAAACCAGUAUACUUUUUAUCCAAUUUUCACGACCCUACCGAAGUAACUGUUGUGAAUCGGAGGCAAAAAGAUGGUACUCUAACUCCUGUCAACAGUCCUGUCUUGUGUUCAGACUAUAACACACACAUGGGAUAUGUCGACUAUGCGGAUCGUGCAAUAUCUACUUACCAGAUUGAUCGUAAGUCCAAAAAAUGGUGGUUUAGAAUUUUUUGGCACUUCAUCGAUCUCUGCAUAUGUAACGGAUUCAUUUUGUACAAGGAAAAACAAAUCAAACCACUUUUAUCAUUGAAAAAAUUCCGAAUGAGAUUGGUAGAACAAUUGGUGGUACAUAAGAUCCCAACUCCAAAAGGUAGGAAAAGAACGGCACCAAAUACUCCAAGCCAUGCAAAAAUCAAAGUACCUGAUGAAAAGAGACUUUCUAAUGCUGCUCACAUGCCACAAGUCUCAGAUACAUAUAAAAGAUGUAACCACUGUUCUACAAGAGAUAAGCCACAGAAGACGAGAUGGAUUUGUAGUACUUGUAAUGUUCCUCUGUGUCUUUUACCGGAAAGAAAUUGUUUUCAAAAACAUCACAUAUAG